UGGAAUAGGCGGAACAGGGGUAGGGAACAGUCGCUGAAGGAUGAAAAGAGGGGCGAUGGACGGAGGUCGAGAGUCGCGGGUUGGCUCACUCUGCGGCUCCCGCCGCUCGGGAGCAGACACGCGGGGCCAAAGACUAAUUCGAAUCUAUUUUAUUAACAAAACAAAACAUACACAUUUGUAAAUAACACUAAACAACACGAUAUUCACACGUCUCCUAAAAGUCUCUUACCUACUUUAAAAAGAAACUCUUAGACCUCUGUAAAAAAAAAACGAACGCGGAACGCAAGCGACAAAGUAACUAUUUCCAGUUCUCAAGCAAAUCGUUACGAAGCCUAUAACGCAACAGAAAGGAGGAUAAGCGAGCGAGAGAGCGAAAAAGGGAGAGAGAGAGAGAGAGAGAGAGAGCAAGAGAAAGAGAGCGAUAGAGAGAAAGAAAGAGGUAGAGCGUCUGAAGGAACAAGGAAAAAGAAGGGUCUAUUUUCUGAAGCCUUGGACCACUUCUAGUGUCGGUGGAGGAAGAGCGCGUGUAAAAGAAAGCGAGAAAGUGAUAAACAGCAAUAGAAAGCAGGAGAAUCAGGACAGAAGGGAAGAGAGGGAAGCAAGGAAGAACCAGAGGGGUGGAAGUAAAGGAUUGAACGCGGUAAAAGGCGAUUGUAAAACGUGUCAGCUGCGGGCGAAUCUCUUUUUAAGUUCUCUCUGUACUGUGUGACCCUUACAUUAUUUUGUCCCUCGGAUAGGGACAGGUUCAGUGUUGUAACUUAGGAUAUAAGAAGAAUAAGAGCUCCCGGAACGCACAAUAAAAGGGGAAAGGAAUAAAAAAGGGAAAAAGCAAGAAGAACGAAAGAGAAAGUGUAUGCUUGUGAGUCAGAGAGAGAUUCGAAGAGAAUACUGAGGCAAAGAUUCUAGCAGGAGGACAGAGACAAUUUCGAAGAGGACGUUGGGAGACAGGACAGUUGAAAGGGAAAGAAAGGAAACCAAGGUUCGCGAGGGACUCGUUCUGGGUUCUAUCCACGAGUAUAAGGAUACGAUGGGGCACUAGUUUUUUAUAUUACUACGAAGAAGUUAUUUAAAACGAACAAAAAGUGUGAAAGGCACGGAGGCGAAUUGCAAUAAAGAGCAGCGUACGAAGAUUCGAUCGUUUAUCGCGUUGUCAUUUUCAUAAUUCGGUCUCCAUCUGUGUCGAUAAAUAUCUGUAACGUCACUCGUGAUCUAUGUGACUUGCUUUCAAGCGGCGAAUCUGAAUUGAUUCACUUGCGAUUGAAACGAGCAACCUGGCCCGCGUACAGAAUCUUUUUGGGGAUAUGUCCUGCCGUUCUAAGGGGAACCACCACCCACGUGCACGAGCCUCACGCAGAGGACAACGUCAAGCGAGUCGUGUUUCCAUCCUAGAACCCGGGAGCAAGCUCUCCUGACAAAAAGAGUGCCGUCGUAUUUUGUCACGGUCCAGAGUCGCAAACACCGACAAUUGUCGGGUCGCCAUAUCAGCCGCACAAUCGUCCAAGUUCACGAGGAGCCUGGGGAUGUCUGCGAGAUCACAGAAAAGAUCGCGGUACGCGUACGUUCAAGGACGAUGACGAUCGGCCACGAUCGGUAAGAUCCAAGAAGCGGUCGCUCUAACGAGCGCCUCGGAAAUGGCGGGCUUCAAUCAUUCGAAUCCACAGCGUGUCGUCUAUCACGCGACCUACCCGACGCCUCUCGCACCAAACGGAGAUCCGAUAAAGCUUCCGGAGAACCUGGAGACCUUGCCACGAGCUGAACAUUUUCCAACCCAGAGACAUCGAUGGAACACCAAUGAAGAGAUUGCUGCGAUCUUGAUCAGUUUCCAAAAGCACGCGGAAUGGCAAAGUCGGGAGGUGAAGGUACGUCCUCGAAGUGGUUCGAUGUUACUGUACUCGAGAAAGAAAGUCCGUUACAGGCGGGAUGGUUAUUGCUGGAAGAAAAGGAAAGAUGGGAAAACUACACGAGAGGAUCACAUGAAACUGAAGGUCCAGGGAGUCGAAUGCAUCUACGGCUGUUACGUGCAUUCGGCCAUCCUACCGACGUUUCACCGGCGAUGUUAUUGGCUACUACAGAAUCCAGACGUCGUCCUCGUUCAUUACUUAAACGUUCCUUAUCCGGAUGGUGAUGCAAAGCUAGCGGCGCUGCCACCGUGUCUCGCACUGCCGCCAGACAAGAAGGAGUGGACGCGAGACGAGCUGGCAUCUCAGCUUCGACCCAUGUUCCUCGGUGGAGAUGACGAUCCUAACAAUUCUCAUCUCACGCAACACUCGAAUCAUCCUAUCGACAUGAUAGUUUCUCAGCUGUUAGACAGGCAAAGAGCAUCUUCCACUUCUUCUACUACCAGUACCCAGCUUGCACCUAGGAGACUAACACCGGACAAUCAGGUUACUUCGACUACCGGAGGUCAGCAGUCGUCAACUACAGCCUCGCCGGCUCCUCGCGUAUACUCAAGACAUUCCCAUACGACUCAGAGUCAACAACCGGCUCCUCUAGUUUUAAGUUUGCAACAAAUUCAAGGUGGUGGUGGUUUAUUGAUACUCAACAGUCAACCGUAUCACCAUCAGCACCAACAACAACAGCAGCAGCAGCAGCAACAACAACAACAACAGCAGCAGCAUCAACAACAACACCAACAGCAGCAGCACCAACAACAACAGCAGCAGCAGCAACAACAGCAACAACAAAGUCAGCAGGUGGAAAUGCAACAGGUUGCGGAGCAACAAAUUGUGCAGCAGACGAGUGUGGAUAGAGAACAGCAGACUCAACAGGAGAUAGAUGCUCAAGAGAAUAUGGAUCGUAGCACGGUGCAAUCGUUGCCAAUCGGGGGCACCGAGGUCACCGAUUUCGCCGAGACCUUGGAUCUAAGUCAAGAAGAUAUUCAACGGACGUUAUCGGCGAAUAUGAUACCACCGUCUCCGUCACCUUCUCCGGCGGACAACAGUAUGAUCAACCCGAUGGAUUUCAUCGAUUCAUCGGAUGACGUUCUGGUUAAUUUGGACGCGUUCGACGUGUUCGGUGACCUACCGGAGCUCCACGAUUUUGAGGCCGAACAAACUAAGCAUGAGGAAAGGGGUGGUUCGGAUAACGAUGUGGGAUGUCAUCCUGGAACAACCGUCCAUAUCGCAGAGUACAGUCCAGAAUGGAGUUAUACAGAGGGUGGUGUUAAGGUAUUAGUAGCUGGUCCUUGGACCGGGGGAAGUAAUUCUCAGUCGUAUUCGGUGUUGUUCGAUGCCGAACCGGUGGAAGCGUGUUUGGUACAGCCAGGGGUUUUGCGAUGUCGUUGCCCAGCCCAUGCACCGGGAAUAGCUUCUCUUCAGGUGGCGUGUGACGGUUUCGUUGUUUCCGAUAGCGUUGCUUUUGAAUAUCGUCGAGCGCCAACGACCGAGCCAAGUCCGGAACGAGCUCUUCUGGAUCGUUUGGCGGAUGUAGAGUCUCGUCUGCAAGGACCUGGUCCUCCAACCCCCGCUGCUCAUUUAGAAGAACGAUUAGUGGCAUAUUGUCAAGAUGCUGUUGUCCGUCCGUGGCGAACCGGAGCGGAACCCUUACAAUCCGGUGGCCCUACUUUGUUACAUUUGGCCGCUGGACUGGGCUACUCCAGGUUAGCCUGCGCGCUCCUUCAUUGGAGAGCAGAAAAUCCUAGUAGUGUAUUAGAUGCAGAAGUUGAUGCUCUGAGGCAGGAUAACACCGGUCUUACACCACUCGCUUGGGCUUGUGCAGCGGGACACGCAGAUACUGCCAGGAUCUUGUAUAGAUGGAACGCGAUGGCGCUUCGUGUGCGGGAUUGUCAGAACAGGACUGCGACUGAGUUAGCCGCUGAGAACGGGCACACGGCUAUCGCAGAAGAAUUGAAUCGGCUCGAAGCGCGAAGGCAAGACGAGAGGCUUUUCUUGCGACCCGCCAGCCCUAAUCCUAGGAGGCCAUCUCAAGACAGCGGUCUCGAUCUGGCGUUGUGUGGCUCGCCGCUGCUGGACAACAUGGAGUUGUUGCAAGAGGAUGACUCGUCAUUAGCCCUCAGCGAGCAGGGAAUGGAUAGCGCUCCAACCCCUCAGGAGACUGUAGGGGAAGAAGACGCGAGGGUGCUGACAUUGGCUGAGCAAAUUAUAGCAGCGCUUCCGGAAAGGAUCAAGAGAGCGGAGGGCGAUUCUCCGUCUUCUUCCUCGCCACCGCCUCCGGCACCGCCCUUGUCAUCUCUAGAAGAUGCUUUGAUGGAACAAAUACCGCUCGAUUCCGGAGAAUUGUUCGAUUCGUAUCGUGAGGCAUCGAUUUCGGAUGCUGACGCCGAUGCUAGUCCUUCGAGUCCAUCUAGCAGCUGCCUCACGCCGGAUUCGCCGUCUCCACCGCCUACCACAGCCGACUUCUGCGAGUUCUUACAGCUGCAGCUGCAGCUUGACGGCAGUAACGGUCACAACGGCCACUACUAUUCGACCGGCGGUGACCGGAAGUUUGGUAACGUGAUCGGCUCUGGAAUUUGCGGUACUGUGACAGGUGGAGGUAACGGGAACGGUGACGGGAACGAAGCGGAUCUGAGUAGGCUCACGCUGUCCGAUCGAGAGCAAAGAGAGCUAUAUCAUGCUGCUAGAAUGAUCCAGAAAGCCUACAGAAAUUACAAGGGACGUCAGAGGCAGGAGGAAGCUGAGAGACACGCCGCUGUACUCAUUCAACAAUAUUAUCGUCGACAUAAACAGUACGCUUAUUUUAGACAAGCUACGAAGGCUGCUCUGGUGAUACAAAGUAACUACAGGAAUUAUCGGUCCCGUCCGAGCUCAGCCAGUUCGAGGCAGCAGGCGGUUCAUCAGCAGGCUGCCCAUCAAGCCGCGAGGAAGAUCCAGCAGUUCAUGCGGCAGUCGAAAAUCAAGCUGCAGAACGCCAGGGCCGUCGCAAACGGGAACGGGAGGCCGCCAGUGGGCAUUUUACGGGGGGUUGCUGUCCCCCAAAGCUCGCCCUCAUCUAGCCCAGGGGCCAGCCUAGUAGCCGCCAACCAAGAGGUCACUUAAUUGACUGUCGAUUGAACGGUACGCAGAACGGUGACGAUACGUCGAAACCGAAGUAACAGAGCCUAGCCAUCCACGAUAACGGUCGUUGCCUGGUACGCUACCACGGAGUUAUCGUCCGAAGUCCGCGAUUGACCGAUCGGCAUGGAUACGCCUUGCUCUCUAUAUCCCUGAUUAAUGUGUACCUGCCUUUUCACCCAAGAAUCUUUUCACGUUUUGCAUCUUCGACACUCACAGCCUUUAGCCAAAGGAUUGUUUCUUCAUACUGAUCUAGUUUUUCUUUUUCGUUUCGUUUCACUUUAUUCGAUGCUGCGUUUUUAUUCAUAUCCAUUUUCUUUGUCCGUUUCCGUGGUCGACGUGACUCUAAGUGGUAUCAGAGGUAGGUGAUUUAUCAUGCUCUUUCUGUCACGUGUGACGCACGUGGAAAAGGCGAUUCAAGCAUACUAGAUUAUGUAUGAAUUACAUACAACUAAAAAUCGUGUUAAGGAUCGAAUCGAUCGAAGCAUGUUCGUAGAAUUGCAAAGUUGCCUUCCGCUUGAGGCAUCGAUUGUCGAAUACUUUUUACGACUGAGAGUACAAAAAGAGGCUAUCUUGCACCUUUUUUUGGGGACGAUUAUACUUGCAUUGGUUUUUGACAUACUGUCCUAAUCAGUUUUUACCCACUUUCUUCAUGUUUGCAAACGUAGUACCGAAAUCGAACGAGCCGUUCCCAGGGUAUAUUUUUUUUCGAACCUUGUCAAUGUGCUCUGUUCGAGAAGCGUAUCUUACGACUACGUUUCUCUUUCUUUUUAUUUUCUCGUAUUGCUAAUUGUAAGCAAUAUUAGAUUUGAUUUUAAUAGCAAUGAGAAAAGAGCAGUAUUGUUUAAGACUUGCAAAAAUGUGGUUCAAAGAGAAUUUUUUCUUUUUCUUGCUGUUUUUUUAAAUAAUUUAUAUAUUCAUAGACUUUAACUUAUGUUAGAUACGAAUUAUCGUUGAAAAGAAACUAGAAUAUAUUUUGUGUGUUAAUUUAAACGAAAACGAAAUACUCGAUUUGCUUGUUUUCUUUUUUGUUAUUAUUUUGUAACGUUUAAUUAUGCAACGUUCAGGGGAAAACGGAAACCGAGGAGUAAGUUUUUAUUUAUAGCUGCCAUAUAAACGCUUUACCUUAUUUAUUUUUCAUGAAAUUUACGAAUUAGAAUAAUUCGUGACGCGUGUGAUUUAUUUACGAUCGAGCAUGAUAUAAAUGUUCCAUUGCCGUGACGACACUGUGCAAUAUUUGUUGUUACGUGGACGCUCUGAAGAUAUUGAUAAUUUAUAUAAUUAAUUUCUUCCUUGCACGGCAACAGUUUGUUCGUUGUUUUCAAACAAGAAAGGCAAUACAAUUCAGGUGGAUAAAUAAGAAGUGAUCUUAUUUUCGAUGAAAUCUUGUAUAUCUGAGAUCUUAAGAAGAGAGAGGAAGAGAGCAUGGACGAGUGAGCGUGUGAAGAAGAAAGCUGCUAGAGAAAAAGAGAGAACUAGGGAGAGUUUAAUGAAAAAAGUGUAUGAAUUAAAAGUAACAAAAAGUAAUACGUAAAAAAAUUAAAGAGCCCUUUCUCCGUUUAUACGAGGGGGCACUUCAUCCACGGGCUGUGCUUAAAGUCACAGUAUAAUCAACUUAGUAGGAGUACAUUUUAGGGUAAGAUAGUCGAUUACAUUGUUACAAAACUACCUACCAUUCUUCUCUCCAGUAGGGAAUUUUUUUAAAAAGAUUCUUUAGGUAAAUGACAAGAGAAUAGAGGUAAAUCGAGGCGUAGCGAGGCGAAAUAUUAUGCGCACGGGGGCACAGCCGUGGUACCGCGUUCAAAUUGAUUUAAGAAGACAAAAAAAAAAAUCUAUUGUGAUAAAUUAAUGGUGAUCCAAGAAAGUAUUUCCGCGGAAAAUACUAAAGAGAGGAAGCGUUGCGCAAAAGUUUCGGCGUCCCGUUCAGGGCGCGGGACGGGAGAAACAGACAGACAGACAGACAAAUCCAGUAUGGUGAGUCGGGAAUGAACGUCGUGAAAUUCUGUCGGGAAAAUCUGUCGAUAAGAAGGACCGAUUGAUCCUCGUCUUCGAUAUACAUUACAGAAAAUAUAUAUAUAUACAUAUAUAUUUAAAAAGAAAUCCUGUGUUGAUCCUCCGAUGUGUUAAGACAGGCUACGAAGUUUUUGUAGCGAGAUAAAAUUGUGCGGAGCGCGAAUAGGUAAAAGAGAGAAAGAGAGAGAGAGAGAGAGAGAGCGAGAGAAAAGUGAAUUAUAAUAAACUGUACACACGAGUCAAUUCCAACGAGCAUUUUCAUGCCAUUAAGCUUAAAGAAUUAUUAGUUAAUAAUGAAAUGAAGAAAAACGGAUGAAUAUGGUAUGAAAAGGAGGAAAGACGGGGGUGAGGGGGAACGGAUAAAGGGAAGAGAAAGAAAGAGAAUAACAAAUUCUUACACUCUCUUAAUCAUUGUUAAUUAAUUAAUCACGAUCCUAUCGAUACUUAAAAUGAGAGGAGUAAAAUAAUAAUAAUUAUUAUUAUAUACACAAAACUAUUAUUAUAUUCAUAUUUUUGCUUAUUACAUAUUUAAGAAACUAUUAAACGAGGGCUAGCGAGUAUAGUAUAUUACAAGAAGAAAAAAAAACGAUUAAAAAAGCAAAAAAAUGUAUGGCCGAUGGCGAAAAAGAAGUCUCACCUUAGGAAUAUUUUUAGUCUGUCGGGCUUGUACAACAUCUCCGUGCGUGGCAAUCAACUUUCGAAUUUUAUGGUAAAAAAAAGGAGUAUUAACUUUUUUUAAGGAAGCGAAAAUAAAAAAAAAGAAUUAACUAAGAGGACAGCAAUCGGAGCUUCGUACACACGCCGAAAUAUGUUAUGGUGACUUUUCUUUCGAGAAGCGGUUGCCCGAUCUCUAAACACGGCGGUCGCGUCAUUUCUUCGAGAUUCGAAAAUAAAUUGAGAAGUGAUGUACUUGAUAAAUGAAAAUAUUUGCACACAGUAUUUCAGCCGCGAUUAAAAGAAAGUUGCAAGAAUCGAUCCCGUGGAUCAAAUAUUUCAGAGUUCCCGUUAUAUUAUUGUAGAAUCUCAUUAAAUUACCACGUACAUCAAGAUUGUCGAGGUAUGGAGAACAACGGGAUUAAAAAUAUAAAAAAAAAAACGAGAAAAUGCUAUAAAAAAUAAUAUUAAUUAAAAGACAUCGCUAGGAUAGGCGCUUCGAGGAUACAUAAACUUUAAAAAUCACUUAAUACAAAUUAUUCUCAAAAUAUAAAAGUUUAAUAAGUAAAAGAAUUUUUAAAUCUACAUAAGAAAGCCAAGAGUCGAAGAUGACUAUAGAUGAUAGGAGCCGCAUGGCCUAACUGCUGCCACUUUAAUUAAUUAAAUAAUUAAUUAUAACUUUAUUACUAUUUAAUUAAACUCGAUACAGAUGAGAAAAAUAUGUCAUGCCACUUUUCAAACUAAAACUUUCUAGAUAACAGAGGCGAAUCAGUAGGUAUAGAGGACUCUAUUAAAGAAAACUAACUUCUCUCUUAAUUGGGAAUGAUUGAUUCGCGCUAUAGAUUCGAAUAUUUCCAAUUGUCCAGUCUCCAGAAAAUCGCACGAGAUAUAUAUGCGUGUACGAUGCCUCGUUAAAAACCAGCACGACUGUUCGUCUCUAAUCGGCAGUGAAAAUUACACAGAAACAGCGCUCCAGUUAUCCUCGAACGAUCCUCGAAAUUCACUUCACGAAUCGAUUAUUAUUAUUCGGAACAUUGGCUAUGAAUUAGCAACAAGAGAAUAAAAGGGAAGGUUGACAAAUGAGUUGGCGGUUUAAAAAGAGUUAUCAUUGUACAAAGGUGAAAAAUUUUGAUAGGAAAUAAAAAAAUUGUCCACACGUUUAUUUAUAAUGAUACGACACAAUCGAUUUAAACGUCGUGUUGGUGUAUUACGGGACAUCCGUUAGGACGUUUGUAUCACGAUGUCGAAAAGGUCGAAACGAUCGGAUAUCGGUGCCUAGCUCAUGUUUUACUCACUGUUCCUUGAUUAAGACGGUCACUUUGUACCUGCUUGCUGCCUGCCUGGCCCGUGCGUUACAUGAACAUACAUAUUUCUAGUCUUAUUGAAGUAUCAACGCUCUGUAUUUUACUCGAUGAUAACGUCCACAAGUAUGUCGCGUAAUUUCGUUGUGAUAAUCCGACGGCGCGGCGCGGCGUGGCGUCCCGGCGUCCGACGCGGCACCGUCCAAACAUGCGGUUUUUCUACACGAUGAUCGAGGAAGCGUAACGCCGAUUUAAUUAUUUAUUAAAUCCCAUUCGAUUCGCGCAGAGCGACUAUCCCGGAAGGUUGAUGGUUUCGACAGCUGUUUCGACAUCUGCAUCCAGCCGACGUUAUUCACGUUCGAAAAUUCACGGCGUCGAUCGCCUUGGUCGCGAGCCUUGCUAAUAAGUACGUCUGGCCGUCGCGUCCACGAAUGCACGAACGAGACCGUUCGAUCAGCGCGUCGUUCGCCGAUUUUGCUACCAAGGCGAUUCUGGUCCCGCGAAUCUUCGAACAAUGGCGGCAAUAAUUUCAAACAAGUUCGUGCUACUUAUAGUAGAAACGAAUAAUGGUAAAGGCUCCAUCUCUUGUAAUAUUUUUAUUAUUGCAAACGUAAUAUUACAUUAUUAAAUUAUAUUAAAUAAAGGAUUACGCCACUGUUUAUUAUUUAUUGACUAACGUUCAACUAAUAUUGUAAAUAAUAACGAAAAUAUUUUAUCUAUAUUUCCGAUCUGGAGGUGUUGGGCAGGACAGCGUAUUACCUCUUGUCUGAUCUUAAUUGGCGAUUCUACGAUCGUCGUUCGCCCAGCCCUCUAUUGUUACACCAUUUCAUCAUUGCAUUUAAUAAAUUAUAUAUUUAUUGA